CCGCGAGGAACCUCUCCUCCGAGCGGAUCCGAAACAUCACUCCGCUUUCCAACAAAAACAUUCCAAGCCAAACAUCUCAUUCGGAAAAUAUAAAUUUCAUCGACACACAAGUGAAUUUCGAUUUUAUAAUUCUUCAAUUUUCAUCGACCGGUGCACGAGUAUUUUGGCCAACCCUUUGGAAAUAAUUUGUUGCAAAUUCCGCGAUCAUAGAUUCGCCGUACCCUAAUCGCGUUCUAAGUGAAAGACAAAACAAGAUUGUCAGUUUGUCGCAUCAUCAAUAGAUUUUAUCUUGCUUUAUUCCGUCACGAUUUCUCUCUGUUUCCGCCUUAAUUUUGACCGCGAAGCAUGUGCUGCUUCAAAAAGAAGCGAAGAGUUGUGAAGUGAAAGGAAGGAGCUACGUCAUCGGGUCUCGCCUCGUUGAUUCCUGGAGAUUCACCCGCGAACACGACUUUGCAUUUCGAUAUAUCAAUCGAUAUGGCUCUGUUGUCCAACCAUCACAACCCUUAUCAAUCUUCGUCCUCGGAAAUGCUCACCUCGGUAUACCCAACACCAACACGGACCUUCGAUCCUGUUUAUUCUCUGCCGUACGACUCGCCCGAUUACGAUAACAUCCGGAUCGCCUACAAGGAUAAUUAUGCCACGGAUAUUACUUUGACGCCGAGAAAAGUCCACGAGCCGAAUGAUCAUGGGAAAGGAAGGAGCACCGAGUACUCAAAAACACCCGAGACUUACGAGAGAGAACCUUAUGGAAUUUUAACACCGCUCACUCCCCAAAGAUAUGAUCCUCAGCGUUCGAUCGAUCACGGAGCCUCGCCACGCUCCACCCUCUAUGAGGAAAACUCAACGGAUUACAAACCUCUAGUUUACUGCUACGAAACACCUCCUCAAGAACAGAGAUAUUCGAACGAGAAUUAUACAAGUCAAAGUAACAUCGAGAAUGCUCAGCAAAAUUAUUGGGAUCCAGAGGCUAAUUCUCAGAAAAUUUUGCAAUCACCGACGUCGAGUCCGAAAAGAGGGCGUCGAAGAUCCCGCGACGUUCCACCGUCGCCGAGCGUUCUAAAACGUCGCAGAUUAGCGGCGAAUGCACGGGAAAGACGCCGCAUGAACGGACUCAAUGAUGCUUUCGACAAGUUACGCGAAGUCGUGCCGAAUCUCGGCGCUGACCACAAAUUGAGCAAGUUCGAGACUCUUCAAAUGGCACAGACUUACAUUGCGGCACUUUGCGAUCUUUUGGAAAGACACGAUGGCAAAAGUUACGAAUUCAAAGUUUCUCAGAGUGACCCUUAGUUGCAUGGAAUUUGUUAGAAUAAAAAGUUAACAAAUAUUGAGUUAUUGCGAAUAUAAAAAUUAGCGAUAGAUAGUGAACAAUUUUUUGUGAAAAAAAUUCCAUUGUAUAAGAGAAUUCACAUUUUUCCCAGCGCUAUAAACAAAUGUAAAUAUGAUUUAUAUAUUCGCCGUGUAAGUAGCCGUAAUUAUUUAUCUCAUAUCCGUUAGUUUUUAAUUCGAAAAUUAGCUAAAAUUAACGUUAAUCGCAAUUUGUUAUGUGGGAGAACAAUACGUUGAAGGUAUCAUAGUUGAGGACUGAAAAAAACCAAUCAUGAUAACCAUUAUCGCUUAUAUAAGAAUAGUUCGUACUUUAGUUCGAAGCAACUUCGAAAUCAAAGAAAGACGGCUAAAAAUCCAAAGAAUAUGAAAUACAUAGAGUUAAAGCGUUGAAUUCAAAUUCAUGCUGAACUGAUAAAUCGAACGUGUAUUCGACACACUCUUAAGCCUUAUUGAUAAUUCCGUUACAGAUAGAUAAAGGAUCAUAUUUAUAGAUUGAUCAUUCAUAAGAAAUUGAUCGUUAUUAUUGAAAUAUUGAGAGACCGUCCAAUAUCGUACACGAAAUAGUCAUAAGAUGUCAUUAAAUAUUUUGUCAUAAUGCUCGUUUUUCCCUUAUUUUCUAGUCACAGUUUUUUAUUUUACAAUUGUCUAACUAAUGUGAAAUCAUUUUCUCUGGGUCUGUGAAUUUUAUUUUUUUCACGAUUCAAUUAAUAUUUUUCUUGGGAAAACGCUUUGCCGGCAUUGUAAAUAAUACGUAAUGUUUCAUUGUUUUUUUAUGUAUUCAUUUAUUUAUUCUUUCUGCAUAAGAACAUAGGGAUUGUGAAUUAUCCAAAGAUCGUAAAAACUUGAGAGAUAGACGCGCAAUGAGAAAUAAAAAUUAGGUAUAAGGAAUAUAUAUUUUUUUGAUGAAUUAGCCAAAGAUGUAAAUCGUUAUGUAAUAUUGUAAAUAAAAGGUAUGGA